CCAAUCGCUAAACGAGUCGAGGGCCGAGUCCCCAAAUUCAGCGAAGUCCGCGGGAAGGGUGACGUGGGACGGCGGACUUUGUUUAGACAGAGAGCCGAUACUAUAAAGGCCACUCGAGGGAUGGCUAGGGCUGUUAACUCUCUGUGGAAGUGAGAUCGGAACUUCUCGUAAAGCCUGCUCAGAGAGGGAAGUUACAGCAUCAUUCGACGUGUGGCUAGCUUGAUCUCUUGAGAUUCAGUCUAGUAUUGCCACAUUCAGAACACACCCAGCAACCGCACACAACAUGCUCUUGUCGUCCACACUGCUGCUCGCCGGGCUCGCGGCUCGCUCCGUAGCCACCACGAUCCCAGUAUCGGUCGGCAAAAACGGCCUGACUUUCGAGCCUAACGUGAUCCACGCGCAUCAAGGCGACGUGAUCGAGUUCCGCUUCUGGCCGCGCAACCACAGCGUCGUGGCCGGCACCUUCGACAGCGCCUGCCACCCAGCGAGCGAGGGCGGCUUCUACUCGGGUUUCUUCUCGACCCAGCAGGGCACCGUCAAUCCCCAAGUCUUCCGCGUGACAGUCUCCCACACCAACCCGGUCCCGAUCUACUGCUCGCAAAACAACAGCCAGCACUGCAAGAACGGCAUGGUCGCCGUGAUCAACCCGGCCGGAUCAGGCGCCCUGACGCUGGACACGUACGCCGCGCUGGCCCGGCAAGCCGGUGACGUCACGUCCCCCUCGGGCGGCGCCUUUGGCGGCCAGGUUGCUCCCAAUGAGGCGGCCAGCAGCAGCAGCUCGAGGACCGCGACCGGCGGCACCGUGGCCACGACGGUGACAGAGACAGGGAGUGAGAGUGAAACCAGCAGCAGCAGCACAGAGACAGGAACGCAAACGGAAACGGAGGUGACGAGCACUACUAGUACUACCACAGUCGAGGCCACCACCACGACAACGGGUGCUGGGACCGAGACUGCCACCGCCAUGACCACGACCACGGGGACGCCCACCAGCACGAGCAGUGCCGCUGCGGGGGUUGCGGCGCCGGUUGCGGGGUUGGUGAUGGCGGUUGCGGUGGGAGCUUUCUUUGUUUGAGGAAAAUGUGUUGGGGAGCUGUUUGCGGUAAUUCUGGGACUUUGGGCUGCUGGUGAGAUUGGAUUGGAUUGGGUUGGGAUGGUCAGCUUUUCUUUGUCCUUUUUGUCUGCCGUUUCUGUAAAAGGGUAAUACUAGUACUACUAGGUAGGAAAAUCAAUGGGCCAACACGAACUUUGGUGGCGUCGCAUUGGUCGUGCUUGAUGAUGAAUAGUACCUUCCGACUGGCUCCAAC